AGCAAGGUUGUAGGGGGAACGGACCGCAGGGUCUCCGGGAGUGUUGAGGGGGAGGGGAAAGGAUGAGUUUGGCGCAAAGCCUGCCGGGGCAUGGAGUCCUGGUGAGUUCUGUGCGCAUGUGCGAGGAGGCGAGGGGGCUUGAGGGGCCUCGCCCGGGAGAGUAAGUUCCGGAGGUCUGGAGGCCAGGAUCGCGUGCGGGCGGAUUCGGUGUCUGGCACUGCUGCCCCACCAGCCCCAUGGAGGCCCCGGCCGUGCAGCCCGUGAAGCAGGAGGGCCUGGCCGCCGAGGGCCUGCGCCUGGACUCGCCAUGGCACCGCUUCCGCCACUUCCACCUGGGCGACGCACCCGGGCCGCGCGAGGCGCUGGGCCUGCUGCGCGCCCUGUGCCGGGACUGGCUGCGGCCCGAGGUGCACACCAAGGAGCAGAUGCUGGAGUUGCUGGUGCUGGAGCAGUUCCUGAGCGCCCUGCCCGCCGACAUCCAGGCCUGGGUGUGCAGCCGGCGGCCCCAGAGCGGGGAGGAGGCCGUGGUCCUGCUGGAGGAGCUCUGGGGACCAGCGACGAGGGCCCCUCGGGAUGCGACCUCUGAUGGCUCCAGGGUCGGCGUGGCAAAGGAAGAAUGUGAGACGGCGCCCCUAGGAGACUCGGCCCCCGGGGCUGACGAAGCGGCGACGGGGGACGCCCAGGCGGCGCGCGCCUACAAGCAGGAGCCGGGCAGCCCCCCGCCGGCCCCGCCGACCCCGCCGGCGCCCGGCCCGCCCGCCUUCCUGCCGGCCCCGGGCUCCGUGUCCUGCCCGGAGUGCGGCAAGGCCUCGCUGAAGCCGGCCCACCUGCUGCGCCACCGGCAGAGCCACUCGGGCGAGAAGCCGCACGCCUGCCCCGAGUGUGGCAAGGCCUUCCGGCGCAAGGAGCACCUGCGGCGCCACCGCGGCACGCACCCCGGCGGCCCCGGGCCGGCCCUGCGCCCGCUGCCCGCGCGCGAGAAGCCGCACGCCUGCUGCGAGUGCGGCAAGACCUUCUACUGGCGCGAGCACCUGGUGCGCCACCGCAAGACGCACUCGGGGGCGCGGCCGUUCGCCUGCUGGGAGUGCGGCAAGGGCUUCGGGCGCCGCGAGCACGUGCUGCGCCACCAGCGCAUCCACGGGCGCGCGGCCGGCGGCGGCGGCGGCGGCGCGGGCGGGGCGGCGGCGCCGGGCGCAGAGGGCGGGGGCCCUUUUCCGCCCUGGCCGCUGGGGUAGCCCCGCGCGCCCCGCCGCCCUCCUCCCGCACCAGCCCCUCUCCCCCGCCUCUCCUCCGGCGGCGCCUCCCUGGUCAAAACCUCCGAUGCCCUAGCGUUCUCUGUUCCUUCCCCACUCUCUCUACAUGUCCCAGUCCUCACUCUUCCUAUGCAGGCCUCACCUCCGUCCUCACAGCCUCUCCCACCGCGCCGGAGGUGCCCCCUCACGUCCUCCUCUCCCCCUCCGUCUUCACUCCCUCCCUCUCCCCUGGGGUCAGGAGCCCAGAAGAGGAGCAAGGGCCAGAGCAGCAGGCACUCCCCCCCCCCCGCCCCCUACCCUGUCCUCCAUCAGGAGGAGGCUGAAGGAAGAGGCCUGGGUCUUGUCCCUAGGCGACCCCUCAGGGCAGGCUGGAGGACUGGGAAAGGGUGGUGGUUCUGACAGGACAGACCUAGGCUCUGGCUUUGGGCUCCCUGGCCUGGCUCCUCCCCGCGAGCCAGGAAGGCCUGAGAUGGACAGAGAUACCUGCUCGUGGGAAGCGCUUUAGGGACAACAGUUCACCAGCAUCUGGAGACUAAUAAAGUCACUGAUGUGUUGUGCAGGC